AAUUUUCUUAUCUAUUAAUGAUCAUUCUAAUCUCAUUCUCGCUCAGUAAGCCGGUAAUCUUUUCGGCGUGAUAUAACCUACAAAUGGUGCAUCUCUGAUAAAAAUACGUACAAAUGUGGAGUCAAUGUUAUCUCCUUGGUCGUUCAUUUACAAAUACAGUCAGACCCAGACGUCGAGUAGUAGUUACAGGUAUUGGAGUCGUGUGUCCUCUAGGAGUUGGUCUUCGAUAUGCCUGGGAAGCUCUCAUCGAAGGCAAGUCUGGUGUCAUCAAAUUGGAUGAACCAGGCUAUGAGAAACUGCCAUGUAAAAUUGGUGCCGUAGUACCCAAGGGAGAUAAACCAUAUCAAUUGAAUAUCGAAGCAAAAUUUUCAAAGAGUGAAAUUCGCUCAAUGUGUCCCGCAACAGCUUAUGCACUAGUAGCCUCAGAAGAAGCACUAUCUGACGCGAAUUGGAAACCAGAGAAUGAGGAUGACAAACGGGACACAGGGGUAGCAGUUGGGAUAGGAAUGAUAGACUUGGUAGACGUUUGCAAUACCAACGAAGCCCUGCAAAGAGGAUAUAGUAAAGUCAGUCCAUUCUUCAUACCAAGAAUACUCCCAAACAUGGCAGCAGGACAAAUAAGCAUCAAAUAUGGUUUCCGUGGUCCUAAUCACUCAGUAUCUACUGCCUGUGCAACAGGAGUGCAUUCAAUAGGAGAUGCAUUCCGAUUCGUACGUGGUGGAGAAACUAAUGUGAUGAUAUGCGGUGGAGCAGAAGCUUGUAUAAGUCCACUAGCCAUAGCAGCCUUCUGUCGUCUUCGCGCCCUGAGUACUUCAAGAAACGACUUUCCCCAAGAGGCAUCUCGACCCUUCGAUAAAGACCGUGACGGCUUUGUAAUGGGUGAAGGAUCUGCCGUAUUAGUCCUGGAGGAAUUAACUCACGCCCUGGAGCGCAAAGCUCCAAUAUAUGCUGAGGUACUAGGAUACGGACUUUCUGGUGAUGCUACUCAUCUGACAGCACCGAGUGAAGACGGUACUGGAGCACUGUUAGCUAUGGACAGAGCACUUAAGGAUGCUGGGAUUGACCCGGGUGAAAUUACGUACGUUAACGCACAUGCGACUUCCACUCCCCUGGGAGAUGCCAUAGAAUUAAAAGCUAUCCAGUCCUUCUUUGGCGAGCACAGUAAGAACGUAACGGUCUCCAGCACUAAAGCUGCGCACGGUCAUUUAUUAGGCGCAGCAGGUAACCUGGAAUCCGCAUUUACUGUCAUGGCAAUAAAAGAGGGUAUAAUACCACCCACGAUUAAUCUAAACGAGCUAGAUUCAACUACAGAUCUUAAUUUUGCUCCUCACGUCAAGCAAGAAUGGCAUACCACCCCAAGACGUGUGGCUCUGAAGAAUGCAUUUGGCUUUGGUGGCACAAAUGCAUCACUGUGCAUUGCUCAAUAUAUUAGCUAACUACUACAGAAUAAUGAUGCAUUUGAGUGACAAUUUAAAGAACAACCAACUAUGCCUAAAAAUAAUCUGGAUACAAUCUGGAAAACAGCCUCGAUACUAGUCCAAGCAUUUAUAAGCAAUAUCAUACGUAGAGGUUUGUAUGUAUAAAAAAUAUAUGUAUAAAACAUGUUAUAUUGUAAUCUAUCAUUUAGAAUCUAUAUAUAUUUUUUACAAGUCCUA